AUGCCGCCCAAGUUUCAGCUUCUGGCGCUGUUGGCAUUCGCAGUGGCCAUGUUCUUCUUGGAGAACCAAAUCCAGAAGCUGGAGGAGUCUCGGGGAAAGCUAGGUAAGACUGCGGUCAAGCUGUCCUUAUUCAUCAUGCCGCAGGUAAUAAGACGUAGGUAAACGAGUCUGUGAGAUGCAGUAGGGGCUGAAUCAUUGCUAAACAUCUUGUCAGCUUGGUUGCCAAUUUGGGGUUGACUUGUGACGACAUCAUUCUCUCUCCCCUUGGGAAGUGACAAGCUGGCAUUUUGAGUGCAAAGUGCAACCCAGGAACAUCAACUCAAUUUUCAGUCAGGUUGAGUAAACGAUACGACAAACCUAUUGUAUGAUGAGGUUGCCCUCUUUUACCAUAUGGUUGACCAGAUCAUGUGUGAACAGCAAGUGGGACCUGUUGAUAGUGUAGUGAUUGAGGGGGAACAACGAGGCUUGAACCAUUAACCCUGCAGUUUUAGGGCUGGUGUAGUACAGCUUUUGGCCAUGAAGGUCCAGACCUCUUGGUAAAGCAGAGGUCAUUACACUUUGAAAUAGAAAGCAACCUGUGCAUAACACCUUUAGAGCUGAAUGGUUAUCCCACCGCUGCCACCAAGGUAGCAAUUGAGAGUAAACUGGAGCCGGGCUUGGACCAGAGACCCUGUGGUUACGGAGGAAGGGCUCUACAUCCUAUUUCAUAAAGCUCCAGAUACCUCUUUACAGAGCAUGCAAGGAGACUACAAUAUAUGUGUGUGUGCUGCAUGGAGAGAGACUUAAGAUUUGAUGGCCAUUCUAAGGUGAUUUCAUGUUAACAUGCACUACGUGGGCCCGUGGGGAUUAGACAAGUUCACUAUUUCAGCCCAUUCAAUGUGCAUUCUAUGUAUGCAUUAUUAUUGGCAACCACCAUUUACAUUUGCAUGGUGAAAUUAAUAGUUCCAAGAAAUGUCCUUCCUGUAGUGUGCUGUAUGUACCACAGAAACCUUUUAUGCAUGUAAAACAUGAGUUCCAAAACAAUGUGUUCUAAACAUCUCGCUCAUUUCAACAAACUGUGAUCGUAAUUAAUUAUCAUGGUGGUUCCAUAACAAAUAUUGGGAGGAUAUCUGAAUGUUCUGGGUAGAGACAUCAAAAUCAACUGCUGACACAACACAGAAAAUAUCUAAAUGCUUUUGGAGUGAAAAAACACAAGAUGCUGAAACAAGACCUAAAGGGAGCUGUCUUUUCCCUUUCAGACUACUCAAAUCAUUUUAUUGACUUGACAACACGUCUGAUUGAUGCCUAGACAGGGCAAACAUCUCUGUAAACUGGAGCCGUGAAUUAUAUCCUGCAUAGUCAAAUAGCCUAGUUCUAAGGUUUGAGGCAGGGAAACAUGGACCCCUUGCUGUCCAACCAGGUGCUUAUGCAUUUCUCCCGUCUACAUUGAGAAAGCAAGCUGUAUAUUUAUUAGGCUAUUUUUUUUUUUGGCACACUCCAAUAUUGCUCAUUCCCAACUUAUUUUCUUAUCUGCUUGUUACUUCACUCAGAGGCUGAAUUACUUUUUCUACUAGAAGUCUCCAGCAGAGAAGCCACCGUGAUUUGCUUCCAGGCUAAUUGUGAGUGGUUUUGUAAUCUCUGCAUAGAUUGAAAUCACCCCAUGUAGCUAGCUUCAUCUGUGUUAUCUGGUGACAUACAGUGCAUUCAUAAAAUAUUCAGACCCCUUGACUUUUUCCACAUUUUGUUACGUUACAGCCUUAUUCUAAAAUUGAGUAAAUUGUUUUUUAUCCUCAUCAAUCUACACACAUUACCCCAUAAUGACAAAGCAAAAACAGGUUUAGACUUUUCUGCAAAUGUAUUAAAAAUAAAAACUGAAAUUUCAAAUUUACAUAAGUAUUCAGACCCUUUACUCAGUACUUUGUUGCGCCUUUGGCAGCGAUUACAGCCUCAAGUCUUCUUGGGUAUGACGCUACAAGCUUGGAACACCUGUAUUUGGAGAGUUUCUCCCAUUCUUCUCUGCAGAUCCUCUCAAGCUCUGUCAGGUUGGAUGGGGAGAUUCACUGCACAUCUAUUUUCAGGUCUCUCCAGAGAUGUUUGAUCGGGUUCAAGUCCGGGCUCUGGCUGGGCCACUCAAGGACAUUCCGAGACUUGUCCCGAAGCCACUCCUGCGUUCUCUUGGCUGUGUGCUUAGGGUCGUUGUCCUGUUGGAAGGUGAACCUUCGCCCCAGUCUGAGGGGCGAAGGUACUCUGUACUUUGCUCCGUUCAUCUUUCCCUCAAUCCUGACUAGUCUCCCAGUCCCUGCCGCUGAAAAACAUCCCCACAGCAUGGUGCUGCCACCACCAUGGUUCACCGUAGGGAUGGUGCCAGGUUUCCUCCAGACGUGACGCUUGGCAUUCAGGCCAAAGAGUUCAAUCUUGGUUUCAUCACACCAGAGAAUCUUGUUUGUCAUGGUCUGAGAGUCCUUUAGAUGCCUUUUGGCAAACUCCAAGCGGGCUGUCAUGUACCAUUUUACUGAGGAGUGGCUUCCGUCUGGUCACUCUACCAUAAAGGCCUGAUUGGUGGAGUGUUGCAGAGAUGGUUGUCCUUCUGGAUGGUUCUCCCAUCUCCACAGAGGAACUCUAGACUUCUGUCAGAGUGACCAUUGGGUUCUUGGUCACCUCCCUGACCAAGGCCCUUCUCCCCCGAUUGUUCAGUUUGGCCGUGCAGGCCAGCUCUAGGAAGAGUCUUGGUGGUUCCAAACUUCUUCCAUUUAAGAAUGAUGGAGGCCUCUGUGUUCUUGGGGACCUUCAAUGCUGCAGACAUUUUUUGGUACCCUUCCCCAGAUCUGUGCCUCUGCAAAAUCCUGUCUCGGAGCUCUAUGGACAAUUCCUUCGACCUCAUGGCUUCGUUUUUGCUCUGACACGCACUGUCAAUUGUGGGACCUUAUAUAGACCGGUGUGUGCCUGAUCAAUGGAAACAGGAUGCACCUGAGCUCAAUUUCGAGUAUCAUAGCAACAAUUUAUUUGAAUACAUUAGAAAAAAUGUAUAAAAAACUGUUUUUGGCUUUGUCAUUAUGGGGUAUCGUGUGUAUAUUGAUUGGGGGGGGGCUGAUGAUCUGAUUUCCUCAUUGGCCGUAACUCUAGAUGGGAGUUAUGAGAUACUUGCUAAGAGCAGCGUAAAUGGAAGCGUUGUUUAUAAACCUGUCACCUCAUGGCCCAUGUAUCUAAAUUUAACCACCACACCAGUCUCCACUACAUUUAUAUUUUAGUCAUUUAGCAGACAAUCUUAUCCAGAGCGACUUACAGAAGCAAUUAGGGUUAAGUGCCUUGCUCAAGGGCACAUCGUCAGAUUUUUCACCUAGUUGGCUCGAGGAUUCGAACCAGUGACCUUUCGGUUACUAGCACAACACGCUUAACCGCUAGGCUACCCGCCGCUCCAUGAGGAGCAAUGAGCUAAGUAAGUUGCCACGAUGUUACAGCAAGCUCAAUCAUUGUGGUUGGUUUGCCAGAGCUUGGUUGAAUUGUUUUCUCACAUUAUAGCUGAGUGGAACAUCCUAAGUGAUGUUUUGUCUUUAUUUCCUACACUGCUUUAAUAAUUCAUGAAAGAGAGGCAUUUUAAUGCAAAGGAGAAGGGGUACUGUACAUGCAUUGUGAAUGUGUUUGGAGAGAGUGACACAAUUAUGUAGGAAUGCCUUUUGCUCAACAUUCAUUCAUUGCCUGCGCUGCAAAUUCUUAAAGAGUCGGACCUGAAUUUUCUUCCAUUGCCAUACUGGGCACCAACCCCCUUACUGCUAAGUGCUCUGGACAGGAAUUUGCUAAUGAAAAGACCUUGCCAUCCCCAGACCCACAACAAGUACUUUGAAAAUAGUUAUCCUAUUUGAUGUGAUUGAUAGUAGCCUUGAGCAUGGCUUUGAAAAGUACAUCUCAGUGCAGUGAUUGGAGGACCAGUACAUAAUCGCUGAUGUGGUCAUGUUCGUAGUUCACGUCUUGGACGUUUGAAUGCUUUCAAUUGUAAGGAUGAAUCUGAACGUUAUAGAAAGUCAAAAUCCUGAUACACCAGCCUCCAUAACAUCAAAUCAAAUCACAUUUUAUUUGUCACAUGCGCCGAAUACAACAGGUGUAGACCUUACAGUGAAGUGCUUACUUACAAGCCCUUAACCAACAAUGCAGUUUUAAGAAAGAAUACCAAAAAAAAAAUCACAAAAGAAUACAAUAUAAAAUAAUAUGAAAUAAAAGUAACAAAUAAUUAAAGAGCAGCAGUAAAAAUAACAAUAGCGAGGCUAUAUACAGGGGGGUACCGGUACCGGGUCAAUGUGCAGGGGCACCGGUUAGUCGAGGUAAUUGAGGUAAUAUGUACAUGUAGGUAGAAUUAAUAAAGUGACUAUACAUAGAUAAUAAACAGAGAGUAGCAGCAGCAUAAUAGCAAUGCAAAUAGUCCAGGUAGCCAUGAUUAGCUGUUCAGGAGUCUUAUAGCUUGGGGGUAGAAGCUGUUAAGAAGCCUUUUGGACCUAGACUUGGCGCUCCGGUAACGCUUGCCGUGCGGUAGCAGAGAGAACAGUCUAUGACUAUGGUGGCUGGACUUUUUAGGGCCUUCCUCUGACACUGCCUGGUAUAGAGGUCCUGGAUGGCAGGAAGCUUGGCCCCAGUAAUGUACUGGGCCGUACGCACUACCCUCUGUAGUGCCUUGCGGUCGGAGGCCGAGCAGUUGCCAUACCAGGCGGUGAUGCAACUAGUCAGGAUGCUCUCGAUGGUGCAGCUGUAUAACUUUUUGAGGAUCUGAAGACCCAUGCUAAAUCUUUCCAGUCUCCUUAGGGGAAAUAGGUUUUGUCGUGCCCUCUUCACAACUGUCUUGGUGUGCUUGGACCAUGUUAGUUUGUUGGUGAUGUGGACACCAAGGAACUUGAAGCUCUCAACCUGCUCCACUACAGCCCCGUCGAUGAGAAUGGGGGCGUGUUCUUUUUCCUGUAGUCUACAAUCAUCUCCUUUGUCUUGAUCACGUUGAGGGAGAGGUUGUUAUCCUGGCACCACACGGCCAGGUCUCCUCCCUAUAGGCUGUCUCGUCGUUGUCUGUGAUCAGGCCUACCACUUGUGUCAUCGGCAAACUUAAUGAUGGUGUUGGAGUCGUGCCUGGCCAUGCAGUCAUGAGUGAACAGGGAGUACAGGAGGGAACUGAGCACGCACCCCUGAGGGGCCUCCGUGUUGAGGAUCAGCGUGGCGGAUGUGUUGUUACCUACCCUUAACACCUGGGGGCAGACCGUCAGGAAGUCCAGGAUCCAGUUGCAAAAGGAGGUGUUUAGUCCCAGGAACCUUAGCUUAGUGAUGAGCUUUGAGGGCACUAUGGUAUUGAACGCUGAGAUGUAGUCAAUGAAUAGCAUUCUCACAUAGGUGUUCCUUUUGUCCAGGUGUGAAAGGGCAGUGUGGAGCGCAAUAGAGAUUGCAUAAUCUGUGGAUCUGUUGGGGCGGUAUACAAAUUGGAGUGGGUCUAGGGUUUCUGGGAUAAUGGUGUUGAUGUGAGCCAUGACCAGCCUUUCAAAGCACUUCAUGGCUACAGACGUGAGUGCUACGGGUGGGUAGUAAUUUAGGCAGGUUACCUUAGUGUUCUUGGGCACAGGGACUAUGGUGGUCUGCAUGAAACAUGUUGGUAUUACAGACUCAGACAGGGAGAGGUUGAAAAUGUCAGUGAAGACACUUGCCAGUUGGUCAGCGCAUGCUCGGAGUACACGUCCUGGUAAUCCGUCUGGCCCUGCGGCCUUGUGAAUGUUGACCUGUUUAAAGGUCUUACUCACAUCGGCUACGGAGAGUGUGAUCACACAGUCGUCCGGAACAGCUGAUGCUCUCAUGCAUGUUUCAGUGUUACUUGCUUCGAAGCGAGCAUAGAGGUAAUUUAGCUUGUCUGGUAGGCUUGUGUCACUGGGCAGCUCGCGGCUGUGCUUCCCUUUGUAGUCUGUAAUAGUUUGCAAGUCCUGCCACAUCCGACGAGCGUCGGAACCGGUGUAGUAUGUUUCGAUCUUAGUCCUGUAUUGACGCUUUGCCUGUUUGAUGGUUCGUCGGAGGGCAUAGCGGGAUUUCUUAUAAGCUUCCGGGUUAGAGUCUCGCUCCUUGAAAGCGGCGGCUCUACCCUUUUAGCUCAGUGUGGAUGUUGCCUGUAAUCCAUGGUAUCUGGUUGGGGUAUGUACGUACAGUCACUGUUGGGAAGAUGUCAUCGAUGCACUUAUUGAUGAAGCCAGUGACUGAUGGGGUGUACUCCUCAAUGCCAUUGGAAGAAUCCCGGAACAUAUUCCAGUCUGUGCUAGCAAAACAGUCCCGUAGCUUAGCAUUAACUUCUUCUCAAAGACCAACUCUUCCGUUGGUGUCAAUAGUCAAUUACACACAUGUAUCAAGUAGGCCUAUAUGUAAAUGUGUGGUUCUGGUCAAGACCUGGUUGUCAUUCAUUUGGCCUCGUUAGUAGAUUAAUUGAGAAGUGGCCAACUUGAAUCCCUCUGAUCAAACUCUUGCGUCACCAAGUUCACACCUCAGCUAUCUCCUUACUUACCAAGUUCAACUCCUGCACUUUCUAUUUUUUGCCAUUAUCCGGAGCACUCAGAUUGCCUUUGAACUCCUUUUGACACCAUGAAGCUGUUUUUAGCCUCCCCAGGGUUAUAUAAUGGAGUCAUACACUGUCAGUCUGCUGGUAUUCACUAAAGAGUGGCUACUGUACAUCUCUAAGUGUCUCAGCACUCUGAAACAUGCCAUUUGAGUGCCUAAUGGAUUGGAUCCCACUGUGGAAACACAGGUGUCAGGAAUGGAUUUGGUAUGGGCAGAGUACUAAUGGCCCUAAGCUCGAGCAGUUAGGGCCCUGAUUGGUGUAUUUAUGGGCAUUGGCUGGCACUUUUAAAGAAGAAUGUUUUCCCGUGAUGUUCUGUGCUACAUUUCCGUGCACAGUUGCGGAUGACUGACAGGCUAAUCACGGUGCUAUGAACUGUUUCGCACCCCAGAGUGUAAUUGAGACCGCUCUCCUCGCACCGCAGUGUUCCCUUGUCGGUUUCCAAGGGGUUUGACGAACGAUGCGGUCGGUGUGCCUAAGCAUGCGUGAAAGCAGGUGUCGUUUAUUCGAGGCGGGUGACUUAUCGCUUUUAUAACACUGAUCAACAUCCCUCUGAAAGACCCAGCUGUAACAGAGCUUCUGUAGUCGGGCGCUGCAUUAUAACUGAUAAUUAUAUUACUUUUCAUCAGAGUCCUUCCUUUGCUAAUCAAUAACCAUAAACAGCCUCAUUAUCUGGAGCUUGGGAUGCUACUGCAGUGCAAGAUGAUAAUCCCCUGUGGCCAAACAGCCUUUGGAUGGAAGUUGGAAAUUGGGAAAGACCUAUCUUCCUCUUCAAAGCUGCGGGGGGUGGGGGGAGAGAUUUAAUUUUCAUCUCAACACAGAAAUAUUUAAACCCCUGGCUGCUCACAUCAUAAGCCUUAACAAAAGGAGGGGAGAGAAACAUGCCUGCAGCGUUUUAAAACCAAUUUCAUCAGAGAAUAGAGGAAUAAGGCUGAACUGUUCCGCUCCUUCUGCCUUGCAUUUAACUUCCACCUUGUAUACAGCAGCUGAAUAGAGCCCCACAGUGGAGGUGUCAUAAUACCCAUAAAACCUAGCGGUCAAACAGGGAAAGUUUUCCAAUCGUUUUUACACCAUUCAUUUUUCCCUCAGGGGAUUUUAGAAACACUUAAAAUAAGGGCUGUGUUUCGUGUAGGUUUACCCUGGUGUGACGUUUUGAUAACCAUGUAAAUCUCUCUCGGACAAGGUGACUUUUAUCAAUAUAUGAAUCUCUAUUUACUCUGAUUCAAAAAUGCUAAUUAGCAUCAAAGUAGACAUCAUGCAAAACUACAAAUCCCUGCAAGCUCCUGCACGUCAUCUCUAGCUGACACCUUUGCUAACAGGUAUUGUGUCAAUUUAAAACUUACACAAGACAGUUCACAGAAUUGUCAAUUUUUAAAGAAAUGUAGCCAAUUUAUUCAUUACUACAUUUAGCUAACAUUAGAUUCUUACCUUAGCCUCGAUUCGGCAGUGUCUUCCAGAUCAUCAUGGCAUUUGUAGUUCUUUAUGAUAGCCACAUUAGCAGAUAAUUAACGUUUCAUUUUUGGGGGGUAAAUACAGGCGAAUAUAUUGAUAAAAGUCACCUUGUCUUAGAGAUUUACACGGUUAUCAAAACGUCACGCCAGGGUAAGCCUACAUGAAACACAACCCUUAUUUUAAGUGUUUCUAAAAUCCCCUAUGGGAAAAAUGAAUGGUGGAUAAAUGAUUGGAACCAUUUCCCUGUUUGACCGCUAUGUUUUAUGGGUAUUAUGACUCAUACUGUGGUAUCCUGGCUUUCAUCUGGUGUGGUAGUCUUGUACUAUCAGCUCUGGGGGGGAACUGAAAGUUUCGCUGCUGCUCUGGCCUGCGCUCCUUGUCAGACUUUCUCUUCAGUAUUGCAAUGCACUGUGAGUGUUGGCAGUCUCGCACACUGUGUGCCUAGACUCUCUGGGGAGUGGGGACAGCCUCUUACCACAGAAAUGGUGUGUCACAGAAAGGCCAGUUGGAACACUCGAGAUGUUCUUGUUCAUGAAUGAUCUCAAUCAAUUCAUUAGCCGCUGCCGUAGUUCAUGUAGCCUGGUUAAACCAGACUGAAUGCUGCGCUCUCCAUUGUUCAGUCUGGUUUUAAUCAGGCAAUAGUUAUUGAGGAGUAGUAUUCAGAACCACUUGUGACCAUAGAGGAACAUAUUUGGUGUCCGUUUCCUUCUUCUUACUUGGUUACCAUGACAGCCGAUAAUGGUUCUGAUCUCACAUCAUUUUUCAUUGCGGAGAAGGAGUUCUCUGUUGGGCUUCCUCUGUGGAGCUUUGGGUCCUAUUAACCUGUCCAGCCACUCCUCAUCUGUCCUAUAAAUAGCUGCCCUCAGCAUUGCCCAAACAUUUGUGGAGUUUUCCCUGGACUCCUGUCUAUGCAUUAUUAACACUUAUGGAGGAGAGAAUCAGAUGUCUGUGUUGUAACUAGCCCACAUCUACAUUGUUAUGGAAGCUGUUUAUUUCUGGGAUGUAUUUAGUUUUUUUAAACAUUUGGAUAGCGGACGGUAAUGCAGUUUGCCUUACCAUUUCUUAAGUGGUGGUGGACAUGGAUAAUUCGCUGCUGUCUCUCUUCCAGUGUGAUUCUGGAUAGAUGGUACUAUUGCGAUAACCUGAUAUUUUCCCCAUAUUUCCAGCAGUAGGCUAAUUGCCCUGCUUAGUCAAUGACAAGUCCUGCCAAGAGAUCCAGUCAAAUCAAUUGUCCACCCCACAGAGCAGCCCUUGACAAGGCAUAUAAUUAUUAAUCUGUAAAGCCUGCCAUCUGUGUAAAUUAUCAUCUCAAAUAACUGCCAGUUUUUGAUGGACGAAACUGAAGCUGUCUUUUUUUCGAGAUCAUAUGAGCUCACCUUGUCAGAUAAAAUGAGCUUUGAUUGCUAAGAAAAAUGGUAGGGUUUAGUACCUUACGUUAGCAUUAAGGUACCAGUGUCUCUGUGCUAAGCUUGCAGUGAUACAGUAGCCAAAAAGCUUACAAGUGCAAUUGGCAUGCUGACUGCAGGAAUGUCCACCAGAGAUGUUGCCAGAGAAUUGAAUGUUCAUUUCUCUAGCAUAAGUGACCUCCAACGUCGUUUUAGAGAAUUUGGCAGUAUGUCCAACCGGCCUCACAACCGCAGACCACGUGUAACCACGCCAGCCCAGGACCUCCACAUCCAGCUUCUUCACCUGCGGGAUCAUCUGAGACCAGCCACCCGGACAGCUGAUGAAACUGUGUGUUUGGACAACCGAAGAAUUUCUGCACAAACUGUCAGAAACCAUCUCGGGGAAGCUCAUCUGCGUGCUCGUCAUCCUCACCAGGGUCUUAAGCUGACUGCAGUUCGCCGUUCUAACUGACUUCAGUGGGCAAAUGCUCACCUUCGAUGGCCACUGGCACGCUGGAAAAGUGUGUUCUUCACAGAUGAAUCCCGGUUUCAACUGUACCGGGCAGAUGGCAGAUGGCAGACAGCGUGUGUGGGUGAGCCGUUUGCUGAUGUCAACGUUGUGAAGAGAGUGCUCCAUGGUGGGGUUAUGGUAUGGGCAGGCAUAAGCUAAGGACAACAAACACAUUUGCGUUUUAUCAAUGCCGAUUUGAAUGCACAGAGAUACCGUAACGAAAUCCUGAGGCCCAUUGUCAUGCCAUUCACCCGCCGCCAUCACCUCAUGUUUCAGCAUGAUAAUGCACGGCCCCAUGUCCCAAGGAAUCUGAAAAUGUCCCAGUUCUUCCAUGGCUUGCAUGCUCACCAGACAUGUCACCCAUUGAGCAUGUUUGGGAUGCUCUGGAUCGAUGUGUACGACAGCGUGUUCCAGUUCCCGCCAAUAUCCAGGAACUUCACACAGCCAUUGAAGAUGAGUUGGACAAUAUUCCACAGGCCACAAUCAACAGCCUGAUCAACUUUAUGCGAAGGAGAUGUGUCCUGCUGCAUGAGGCAAAUGGUGGUCCACGGCCCUAUAAAAAAAAUAAAAAAAAGGUUUCUUUGACCAAUAGACGCUUAUCUGGAUUCCCAGUCAUGUGAAAUCCAUAGAUUAGGGCCUAACUAAUUUAUUUCAAUUGACUGAUUUCCUUAUAUGAACUGUAACUCAGUAAAAUCUUUGAAAUUGUUGCAUGUUGUGUUUUAUAUUUUUGUUCAGUGUAGCAUAAACUAACCGUAAUAAUUUUCGGGAUGGUAAAACGUUUUCAGUGUAAACUUAAAGGACUAAAACUAGAUGUAAAGUAUGUAUAAAAUAUAAUGGAACAAUACAUUUUUUAAAUAAGAUCAUCUUUGAGAACUAACAAUCACCACUAUACGGGAGAAUAAACAAUUCCAAAAAUGCCAUGGCAUGGGGCACCAUUGAUUUCUGUUAUAAUGUUUGAGUUACUCAGAUAGCAUAAGCCCGUGGUCGCCUAAUAUAUUAUCACAGCAUAUUGGCUAUGUGCUUGGUCUGCUAAUAUUGUUAUUCUAAGACCAUAUUAUAUUUCAAAACUCAAGCUUUGAUAACAAAAUAGAUCAGUUGUUGUAUCACUUGCGAGGCACAGCUUUGCAUAAAUUGAAAUAAUUUGCUUUUAUAUUGAACUGGAAUGAUGGUACCUGCAUCUGAUGGUCAGUCUCAGCGGAGGGAGGGAGAGAGAAGAAGAGGUCCGCCUCUCACUGUCCCUGUUCUCUCCUUUGACCAGAGAAGGGACACCGUCCUCCCACUGAUGGCAAAACUCGAAUCGCACCGCAUUAUUUCUAUCUCCUGCUCAAAUUCAUGUUGUUCCUUUGACUAGAGAAAGUGAAAUAUUCCUCGAUAUUAAAAUACACAUGACGAGCUGCUAAUAAUAAUAAAAACGCAGGCCUAUCGAAACACUUGGCUACUAAUUCUUUGCAGUUGCGGCGCAAGAGGAGGUCGUGAGAAGCGCGUGUUAUGUGAAUAAAAAGUGUUGACAGUGCUGAAUAAAAAAUAGAAAACGAACUCAUAAAAACAGCAGCUCUUUGCUGUAUUCAUUGACAGUUUCUCUCUAGUCAUGGUUUUAAAAGUUAUGAAAUCUCAUGCAGGCUAGUAUCAAACUUAGCUGUGGGGUCCUGGAAGCUAUAGGCAUGGUGAUUGGAGCUAUCCGAUUGGCCAGCGCAGUAGGCACACUUGAUUUAACUACAGCUCUCCUGGUCCGUCGGGUAGGUGGAGUUUGUCGCUUCAGACAAAUGAAAUGGUUAAAAAUGCGAACACUUUGUCUACCCGGCGCACAUGGCUUCUGAAUCAAGUGCACCUUCUGCCAAAAGCACAAAGUCAAAUCAAAUAAAAAUGUUCUACAGACAUGUUGGUGAUCGACUAGGAAUGCCUAAAAGACCGACAAGUCGAUCGCUCGACCGGUUGGUGACCACUGGCAUAAGCCAUGGCAAAAUGUGUAGAAUUGCAGGACAUUUGCUUUAAAACCGCAACAUUUUGUCUCUGCGGCCAAGAGGGCUUCUAAAACCCUACCAUUGGUAACGUCCACUACCACGGGGUGUGACCAAUGCACUCUAUUGUGAUACUCGUAUUGAUGCUGUAAUACGGUUCUAGUCAGUCCCAUCAUAAUACCUUUUUCCCAAUCAAGAACCUACCUAAAAACGGACUGCAGAGGGCAUGUUUUGUCUGCUGAUAGAGGCUUGUGUAUUCUCCCAUGAGGAAAAUAGACUACUUAACAAGAUACCUUGUCCCUGAGAAAUAUUCUACUUCCACAUACCAGAUUUGUAUUGGCAUGUGGAAAUAGGGCAUGUGAGUGCUUGGUUACUCGUUUUCCACUGCACCUCUGUUGAUACCAGCGAAAUAUCUCCACUUGCUUGGGCUAGGCUGUACUAGCCAUCAGUGUCGUUUCUCAUUUUCUGCCUUGUGUCCUCACCCGGCUCGGCCCAGUCGUCUCUUUCCCAGCUGUCUAGACCUUAGCCGCCAGGCUAGACGUGAAUGAGAGCUUUCAUGGGCCAUCAAUGCAGCAGUUGUCUCCAAGCCAGGAACCCCCCCCCCCCCCCAGCUACGUUAAUCUGUCCUAAAAAGAGCACUUAAAGGAAUUAAGUUGUAACUCAUGGUGCCUCUGUCAUUUAUUUGCAAACACUGCAAGAUUGUGAUGAGGUGUCUGUGUCUGUCAUGCAUUUGUUUGAAACAGUAGUUCUGUACAGUCAUUGAGGAAGCAUUUAGUUGAACAGGCUCCCAGUUCCUGCAGCUGUGAAAGGCUAGCCCAUGGGUCCCUUGUCCAAUAUGCUUGAAAUUACUAAUCACACACUCCUAUUACCACCUGGCUGUGUAUGCACUCCGGUAAACAAAUAUUGCAGGUGCGCCGUAAGAGAUAUAAUUGAGUGUCAUGCACCUAAUUGUCCCACAGGAAACACACCACAGGCCGCAUCGAAGCUUACUGUAUAUAUAUAUUUUUAAACACCACUUCAAAUUUUUUUUUUUACAGCAGCAACCUAGAUCUCCUCCCUGUCAUACUCCAUUGAUUUUGCAAUCCAGCGCUACUGAAGCAGAUCCAUACAAGGCAUUACCUCUCAGGCUCUCUAUUACUCCUCAGCCUUGUGCUCGAGGGGCUAACCCGCUCAGGGAUGAAGAGCUGUGGAGGAUGAUGGAUGUAUGAGCUGCCUGGAGAAAGGAUCAUCCUCUCCUCUGUUUUUAUUAUCCCGGAAGAUCAUAUGAGACACCAUAACACACGACAAACUGUCAUAUUCACGGAUUUCCCGCCAAAAAUGAAUGAUGAUUGGAAAUGGACAAUUCUAAUCAAGCGUGAAAUUGUUUUUAGUAAAUAUUGCUAUCUCGGCCGGCGUUUUAGAAUAUGUAAUCAGAAUAAUAGGCGUCGGCUUAGUUGUUGUAGUGUUUAAGAGUGUGUUGCCAGUUCGACCAUAGGUCAUAAUUAGCUGGAAAUGGCGAGGGGGAACCAAUGGAAAUGGCGACUGAAUGGAAUCAUACUGUGUGGCCGAAAUGAUUCAUCUAUACAGAGCGGGUCUUUGUCCAGUAAUUAAAUGACCUCAGACUCGACCAUUAGCUAAAGUGUGUUUGGCGCCCUCUGCUCGGACACAGUGGGGUUUUAACUAAGCUUGUUCAACACAAUGGACUACAAUAAAGCUGUAUCUCCUGUUAAUUGUUGGCACUGAACACAAUGCCCUUAACUAGUGGCUUGGGGCCUGUUUAAGUUCUGCUCAUUAUGUUUUAGGGCUAGGGAGAGCUGAUCCUGAUUCAGUUGUUACAGACCGUUACUACUGUCUCUAAUGUUUGGACACGCCAUGGGAAUAGGCUAAGGCCUAGAGAUCUGGGCUCCACAUAGGCUGCGUUCAGACAGGCAGCCCAAUUUUGAUCAUUUUCAGAGCAGAUCUGAUUGGUCAAAAGACCAAUUGGUGAAAAAAAGAUCAGAAUUGGGCUGCCUGUCUAAACGCAGCCUUGCAAUCAGAAUGGAAGCGCUGAUCUAGGACCAGGUCUCCAACUGUCCAUAUAAUCUUAUUCAUUAUGAUUUAAAAGGUGAAACUGAUCCUAUAUGAAAUUGUAAUGGUCCUAUAACAGCUCUUUUAUGGCUUUGUGCUUUAGGUGACGUGUGGAUAGACGUCUCUCUUAGCUAUACAUUCUGGGUGUUCCUUAUGACCAUAUUUAUCUAUGUUCAUCAUGAUGACAGACGACCAUAGACUUCCACCUGUCACAGCCCAGGAUGGUGGCUAGCACCAGUUGCUAGUGCGGUUGGUUAGCGCUAGCUUUGAUCAGUGGGACAUUAGCAGCUGCCUGGGAGGGCGUAAGAAGGGGGGGGGGGGGGGGGGUGUACGUGGGGAUGGCAGAGGGGGCUUGGGGGGUUGGGAGUGCAGCGUGAUCACAGAUGACAUCUUAAUCUCUACCAGCUGCCAGCGUGUCUCCGUGGCUAGGCAUGGCCUUGCAUGGCCUGGGUUGGCUUGGCUCGGCUCGGCGUUCCCAUGAGUAUUAGAUGCUGGAGUGUUGUUAUGUUCCAGCACAGAUCUGAGCCAUUGUCACCACUAGUCAAUCUGAGACUGAUUUAGACCUGGGAUAGGAAACCCAAACGGAAAUGGCUUAGGCCUACAGCGUUGUCUGUUUAUUCACGGUUAGUCACAUACAGUAGCUGUAUCAGAUAGAAAUGUAAGGGCGGCAGGUAGCCUAGUGGUCAAGAGCUUUGGGCCAGUAACCUAAAGGUCGCUGGUUUGAAUCCCCAAGCCGACUAGGUGAAACAUCUGUUGAUGUGCCCUUGAGCAAGGCACUUGACCCAAAUUGCUCCUGUAAGUUGCUCUGGAAAAGAGCGUCUGCUAAUUGACUAAAAUGUAAAUUAUAAAUAGAGAAGACGUAGUUCUCUAGUCCCAUUCCCAGAAAGAGGAGACUUAUUAGGCCAUGCAUGCUCAGACAGAUCUGUUAACAGUUACACAGAGGCGAGAUAGAACAGGGAUAGAGUCGAAGCUGUGGUGUGACACAAAGGACUCCACCUCCAAAAAGCAAGAAGAAAGAGGAUUCCGACACCCACCAUCUCAGAUUGUUCUGAAAUCUUUUCUGUAGUUAGAAACAGAUAAGAUUAGCAUUACUGAAAUGCUAUUUUGUUGAAAGAUUAUUUGAACUCUGAGAAAUUAAGCUAAUUGAUUGCAGCCAAAUUGGCCAUUUUCAAUUUAUAGGAUUAAUAUAUUAUUCAAUAAAAUAGUACCCAACAUCCGAUUUGGACCAAACCUCCUCUUAAAGACAUGCUCCGGAACUUUGGCGACUACUAAGUAUUUUCUAACCUCCCACUUUGGACUGGAUGUGUCAGUGUAUGCCUAGUUCAUACAUGCAGAAUCUAGGAGCAGAAUUACUGUCUUACCUCAAUUAGCCACGAAGUCCCUAGUUUUUCUGGAAGCUGUGCUGCGCCAUUUUCCCUACAUUUUCCCCCACUUGGCCAGCCCCCUAGCAAUUCAAGUUCUAGACAAUAUGCUUCAGCCCCUUGCCAUAUAAGUGACAGCUAGCAAGAUGCACACACAGUAGUGAGAGAGAGAGCAAUGACGUGGUGCACAUAUCCGCACCUAUGUGACGUAGUACCCAAUUUCCGGGGACCACUUUUGGCUCGUGAGCUCUACUUUCAGAACUACAGGCUAAAAAGUAUACAAAAGUACCAGAGAAUCUCUUAAACAAUGAUUAAGACAUGAGGGCUCUAAAUAAAUGGUCAGACUCCACACCAAGCCCACCCUAAAGGCCAGUUUACCGGAGCAGUUCUCUAUGUUUGACAAAUAUAAUGAAGCUGUGGCUUGGAGUAUUAUUCAUACUAUGUAAUGUAUUCUCAGUGAAUUUUGUGAGUAUCUUUUUUUCCCCUGUUCUUUAUAUUAGGUGCAGAAGGCUGUUAAAAGGAUAGUUCGCCUAAAUUACAAGUGCACCCCAUUUUAUAGAUAUAAAGUGGCCUAUAUACAGUACAGUGGGGAAAAAAAGUAUUUAGUCAGCCACCAAUUGUGCAAGUUCUCCCACUUAAAAAGAUGAGAGAGGCCUGUAAUUUUCAUCAUAGGUACACAUCAACUAUGACAGACAAAUUGAGAAAAAAAAUCCAGAAAAUCACAUUGUAGGAUUUGUAAUGAAUUUAUUUGCAAAUUAUGGUGGAAAAUAAGUAUUUGGUCACCUACAAACAAGCAAGAUUUCUGGCUCUCACAGACCUGUAACUUCUUCUUUAAGAGGCUCCUCUGUCCUCCACUCGUUACCUGUAUUAAUGGCACCUGUUUGAACUUGUUAUCAGUAUAAAAGACACCUGUCCACAACCUCAAACAGUCACACUCCAAACUCCACUAUGGCCAAGACCAAAGAGCUGUCAAAGGACACCAGAAACAAAAUUGUAGACCUGCACCAGGCUGGGAAGACUGAAUCUGCAAUAGGUAAGCAGCUUGGUUUGAAGAAAUCAACUGUGGGAGCAAUUAUUAGGAAAUGGAAGACAUACAAGACCACUGAUAAUCUCCCUCGAUCUGGGGCUCCACGCAAGAUCUCACCCCGUGGGGUCAAAAUGAUCACAAGAACGGUGAGCAAAAAUCCCAGAACCACACGGGGGGACCUAGUGAAUGACCUGCAGAGAGCUGGGACCAAAGUAACAAAGCCUACCAUCAGUAACACACUACGCCGCCAGGGACUCAAAUCCUGCAGUGCCAGACGUGUCCCCCUGCUUAAGCCAGUACAUGUCCAGGCCCGUCUGAAGUUUGCUAGAGUGCAUUUGGAUGAUCCAGAAGAGGAUUGGGAGAAUGUCAUAUGGUCAGAUGAAACCAAAAUAGAACUUUUGGGUAAAAACUCAACUCGUCGUGUUUGGAGGACAAAGAAUGCUGAGUUGCAUCCAAAGAACACCAUACCUACUGUGAAGCAUGGGGGUGGAAACAUCAUGCUUUGGGGCUGUUUUUCUGCAAAGGGACCAGGACGACUGAUCCGUGAAAAGGAAAGAAUGAAUGGGGCCAUGUAUCGUGAGAUUUUGAGUGAAAACCUCCUUCCAUCAGCAAGGGCAUUGAAGAUGAAACGUGGCUGGGUCUUUCAGCAUGACAAUGAUCCCAAACACACCGCCCGGGCAACGAAGGAGUGGCUUCGUAAGAAGCAUUUCAAGGUCCUGGAGUGGCCUAGCCAGUCUCCAGAUCUCAACCCCAUAGAAAAUCUUUGGAGGGAGUUGAAAGUCCGUGUUGCCCAGCGACAGCCCCAAAACAUCACUGCUCUAGAGGAGAUCUGCAUGGAGGAAUGGGCCAAAAUACCAGCAACAGUGUGUGAAAACCUUGUGAAGACUUACAGAAAACGUUUGACCUGUGUCAUUGCCAACAAAGGGUAUAUAACAAAGUAUUGAGAAACUUUUGUUAUUGACCAAAUACUUAUUUUCCACCAUAAUUUGCAAAUCAAUUCAUUAAAAAUCCAACAAUGUGAUUUUCUGGAGAAAAAAAAUCUCAUUUUGUCUGUCAUAGUUGACGUGUACCUAUAAUGAAAAUUACAGGCCUCUCUCAUCUUUUUAAGUGGGAGAACUUGCACAAUUGGUGGCUGACUAAAUACUUUUUUUCCCCACUGUAUAUACAGUAUAUACCGUAUAUACUGUGUGUGGUAUUGGCAUAGUUGAGCCUGAAACAAUGGAAGUGGUAGGGCCACUGUUAGCAUACUCCUGCUAACAAAAUAUAGGCUCUCAUGUGGGUGAACUAUCCAUUUAACUCUUCUUCCUCUGGGCAGAGCGGGCCAUCGCCAGGCACGAGGUGCGUGAGAUCGAGCAGCGGCACACACAGGACAGCCUGCGGGAGCGGGAGGCCCCCUCGGCGGCCGACAGCGAGGACGUGGUGGUCAUCUACAACCGCGUGCCCAAGACGGCCAGCACCUCCUUCACCAACAUUGCCUACGACCUGUGUGGCAAGAACCACUACCAUGUGCUGCACAUCAACACCACCAAGAACAACCCUGUCAUGUCCAUGCAGGACCAGGUGAGAGAGUGAGGCUGCAAGGCAAAUCUCAAGGGUCAAUGGCCCUCUAUAUGUAGCUGAUUAGAGAAAAUAUUACACACAGUGGAGGGUGGAGAAAUUGUAGGACAGGCUCAUUGAAAUGGCUGGAAUGGAAUUAAUAUAAAGAUGUCAAACAAUUGGUUUCUUACAUUCAUUCCAUUCCAGCCAUUACCAUGAGCCAGUCCUCCGUUUUAAUGUCACACCAGCCGUCACUGAUCGCACACUAAUGUGGCAAUGUUUUGACCUCUGUGGAAGAGGGAGAGAGACGUAGAGAGAGAGUCAGAGGGAGAGCGAAUGAGAGACAAGGAUAGAUAGCGAAUGGGAGGGGGGAAAGUGGCAGGGUGAUACUGAAGAGCGGAUUGCAUUGGCACAUAUCAUGUAUUAAUUGUCUUGUCUACCUGCUCAGGUGCGGUUUGUGAAGAACGUGACAGAGUGGAGGGAGAUGAAGCCGGCGUUCUACCACGGUCACGUCUCUUUCCUGGACUUUACAAAGUGAGUGCCCCCCCACCACUGCAGAACACAUCCUACCAGAUAUACUUUUGCUGCUGUCUCCCCCUUGUGGUCUUAUAUAAUACUACAUUAAUACAACAUUAAAGUGCAACAUUCAGAACGUCACAGAUAGAAUGCAACUCUCUAUAGAAGGGAUAUGGCUUUAAAUCAUGUGAAAAGGGGUGGCGUCAUGGCAGGUUGAAGCUUUACAUCUGCAACACUGCCCUAUUGAACAGGCCCCAGAUGAACAUCUUAUGUAUUCAUAGAUCAUCUUAGAUUUAAUGACACAUGAUCUUUGUGAUAUGCGUAAAAUACGGGUAGCGCAUCGUAACAUACGGGUAGCGCAUCAUAACAUACGGGUAGCGCAUCGUAACAUACGGGUAGCGCAUCGUAACAUACGGGUAGCGCAUCGUAACAUACGGGUAGCGCAUCGUAACAUACGGGUAGCGCAUCGUAACAUACGGGUAGCGCAUCGUAACAUACGGGUAGCGCAUCGUAACCUACGGGGUAGCGCAUCGUAACAUACGGGUAGCGCAUCGUAACAUACGGGUAGCGCAUCGUAACAUACGGGUAGCGCAUCGUAACAUACGGGGUAGCGCAUCGUAACAUACGGGGUAGCGCAUCGUAACAUACGGGUAGCGCAUCGUAACAUACGGGUAGCGCAUCGUAACAUACGGGGUAGCGCAUCGUAACAUACGGGUAGCGCAUCGUAACAUACGGGGUAGCGCAUCGUAACAUACGGGGUAGCGCAUCGUAACAUACGGGUAGCGCAUCGUAACAUACGGGGUAGCGCAUCGUAACAUACGGGUAGCGCAUCGUAACAUACUUUUUUUUUUUUUUUUUCACCUUUAUUUAACCAGGUAAGCCAGUUGAGAACAGGUUCUCAUUUACAACUGCGACCUGGCCAAGAUAAAGCAAAGUAGUGCAAUAAAAACAACACAGAGUUACAUAUGGGGUAAAAAACAUAAAGUCAGAAAUACAACAGAAAAUAUAUAUACAGUGUGUGCAAAUGUAGCAAGUUAUGGAGGUAAGGCAAUAAAUAGGCUAUAGUGCAGAAUAAUUACAAUAGUAUUAACACUGGAAUGCUAGAUGUGCAAGAGAUUAUGUGCAAAUAGAGAUACUGGGGUGCAAAAGAGCAAAAUAAAUAACAAUAUAGGGAUGAGGUAGUUGGGUGGGCUAAUUUCAGAUGGGCUGUGUACAGGUGCAGUGAUUGGUAAGGUGCUCUGACAACUGAUGCCUAAAGUUACUGAGGGAGAUAAGAGUCUCCAGCUUCAGAGAUUUUUGCAAUUCGUUCCAGUCAUUGGCAGCAGAGAACUGGAAGGAAUGGCGGCCAAAGGAGGUUUUGGCUCUGGGAAUGACCAGUGAGAUAUACCUGCUGGAGCGCAGACUACGGGUGGGUGCUGCUAUGGUGACCAAUGAGCUAAGAUAAGGCGGGGAUUUGCCUAGCAGUGAUUUAUAGAUGGCCUGGAGCCAGUGGGUUUGACGACGAACAUGUAGUGAGGACCAGCCAACAAGAGCGCAUCAUACGGGUAGCGCAUCAUAACAUACGGGUAGCGCAUCGUAACAUACGGGGUAGCGCAUCGUAACAUACGGGUAGCGCAUCGUAACAUACGGGUAGCGCAUCGUAACAUACGGGGUAGCGCAUCGUAACAUAUGGGUAGCGCAUCGUAACAUACGGGGUAGCGCAUCGUAACAUACGGGUAGCGCAUCAUAACAUACGGGUAGUGCAUCAUUAUACAAUUUAUUCUAACACUACCUCUCUGUUUUGACCCAGGUUUGGAGUAAAGAAGAAGCCCAUCUACAUCAAUGUGAUCCGGGACCCCAUCGAGCGCCUGGUGUCCUACUACUACUUCCUGCGUUUUGGGGAUGACUACCGGCCCGGCCUGCGGCGCCGGAAACAGGGGGAUAAGAAGGUCAGUCUGCGAUCCUCUGCAUUAUUUUGUACCAGCUAGUGUAUUAGUGAUUAACACUGUAAAAUAUAGUUUAAAUGAUUGUAAAUAAAAUGGGCAUUGCUGCCUACACUGAAGCUACAAUCUGGGAGAGAAAGAGAUCCCAGCAAACUAAUGCAGAUUCCCAGUCCCAGAUAGUUACUUUAAGGUUCCACUGAGGAAAGAAUAAUGCAAUUUUAUUCAUUAGCAGCAUUAUAUACAAUGUAUUUUAACAGUAGAACACGCUUCCAUAGGUAAUACUGUCUUUGAUUGUCGUUGAUGUGUGUUUCAGACCUUUGAUGAGUGUGUGUCGGCGUCAGGCUCAGACUGCGCCCCGGAAAAGCUGUGGCUGCAGAUCCCCUUCUUCUGUGGUCACUACUCAGAGUGCUGGUAUGUACCACUCCUUAAGUUACAUCCACACCAAGCAUUCUUAACCUAUAACCCCAUUACACACUCCUUAAUGGGCUGGUAUAUUGACAGUAGGACACCAAACGUGAACCCCUUUAACAUCUAACUUACCUCCAUUAGACACGCUAUAUUGCAUGUCUUUCUUUUCUAGAGGCGUUCAUUUUCUUUUUCUCUCUCUCUCUGUCUCUCUGUCUCUCUGUCUCUCUGUCUCUCUCUCUCUCUCUCUGUCUCUAUCUCUCUCUCUGUCUCUAUCUCUCUCUCUGUCUCUAUCUCUCUCUCUCUCUCUCUCUCUCUCUCUCUCUCUCUCUCUCUCUCUCUCUCUCUCUCUCUCUCUCUGUCUCUCAUCUGUUGAGAAUGUGAGACUAGCCUAUUUUGCUUGAUCUAAACAACAUCUGAUGUACAGCUGAUGUAAAAAGAACUUUAUAAAUGCAUUUGAUUGAUUACAUGAUUGAUUGACAUCUCUUGUAGGAACGUGGGCAGUCACUGGGCCCUGGAGCAGGCCAAGUAUAACCUGGUCAAUGAGUACCUGUUGGUGGGUGUGACAGAGGAGCUAGAGGACUUUGUUAUGAUGCUGGAGGCGGCGCUGCCACGCUUCUUCAGGGGCGCCACAGAGCUCUACAAAACAGGUACUCUACCAGAGACACCCCCAUGCCUCCUGCGAUGACGUUUUAGAUUAUGACUUUAUUCAUUACUUUAUUUAUCAAUAAGCAGAAAUUGAUUUGUCAUUGAUUCAUUUGUUUUCUCUAUCUAUUUAAAGCUAUUUUUUUAUUGUUGUGUCAGCCUACUCAAAUAGAGGAAUAUGUAUUUUGAGUCUCUGUAAAUCGUAUGUAGAAUGAUUAUGUACCUAUUUCUGAACGUGCACGUAGAUGUACCUUUGCAACAUGAGAGGUGAUGUGCAAACAAAACAACAUUUUCACUUGUUAUUCCCCUUUGAGACCAAUUCUCACCUUUUAACAGCUCUAAAAAAUAUACAAGUGCCUCUACAUUACAUUAGAUAUUUUUUACCUACCAUUUUUAACUAAAAACUAAAAUGCAAGGGUUGACCUAGAUUGGUAGUGAUGAGCUAUUCCCCUUCCCCCACAGGGAAGAAAUCCCACCUGAGGAAGACGAGUGAAAAGAAGCCGCCCACCAAGGAGUCCAUCGCCAAGCUGCAGCAGUCGGCCAUCUGGAAGAUGGAGAACGAGUUCUAUGAGUUUGCCCUGGAGCAGUUCCAGUUUGUCCGGGCUCACGCCGUCCGGGAGAAGGACGGGGAACUCUACCUGCUGGCUCAGAACUUCUUCUACGAGAAGAUCUACCCCAAAACGAACUAACUAAUGCACAUGGAAGAUGAACCAUUCAUCUAUGCUUCAUCCCGUAGUUACAUACACUGGACAGAGGAGAAGAGGAGGAAGACUAAUAUCAUCAGUGGGUCUGUGGAACUGUCGGUGUUGGACGUUAUUUGGACGUUAGUCAGCAGUUUCGGAAUGUCGCCCGCUUAACUAACUAACUGACUCCUCCUCCUCGUCUCCAUAGUAGCCGACAGAACCAGGAAGCUACCUCUUCCUGGUGCGAGAUAGUGCCAAUAGGUCAUGUUCCCAUCACCAUCCCAGGUCCAGGACUCCGUUUCUACUUGCAGGUGAAAGGUCACAGGAGUGGUAUGCUCGACGGACACAUGACAGGAGACGAGUCUACUUGGCAGCUGCCCAUGUUCUCUUCCUUCUGAUCACAUGGUUUUUAUUGGCCGUGUUCUGUUUGGUUGUGUUGUUGUUUAUUCUGCUUCACUAGCGUUGUCUAUGGGAACAUUGUCCACCCACUUUUAUACGUCAAGAGGGUGUUUUUUUUUUAUGUUGAAAUGACGUAACCCUCUCACUAAUAACUUAAAAGUUGACUACUAUGUUAUCUUGGAGUUUACCUAUAUGAACUGCAGACGUUUUUCCAAAAUCUGAAUCCUGUGACCUCCAUAGACUUGAGUGACAGAUGCACCCUGUUCAUGACUGGUACUACUCUUCUGUGUUUUCUACUCUACUUAUUUAGUUGUAUUCUGACUCUUUCACCCAGUUGGAUUAUUGCUAGGUGGAAUGUGAAGUGUUUACACAUGUUGUAAUUAAACUAUGGAAGAAGACAGACAACCGACCAUUCAGCUGCUGUACAUAAUACUAAUUUCAAUCUGGAUCAAACAGUUAUUCCAUAUCAAGAGGACGUGCUAUUAUUCACUUAUUUCAGCUUUGAUAUAACACAUUUAGUUAAAGAGCCAUUUGUACAUUUUUCUCUCAGCUUUUGUUAUUUUCUCUAUAUUGGUGAGAGACCAUUUAAUUUUUGUGCUUUUACUGUCAUAAUCUGUCAUCAUGUUUGCUAUCAUUGGGCCACUGUUAAACCCAAAGUGCUCCCAUUGUUUUGCUGCUGUAAAUUCAUGAACUUGCUGAAUUUCUUCAAACAAAGUGUGAAGUUGACACAUUAUUUGAUGACCGAAUUUUAUUUUCUUAUUAUUAUUAUUUUGCUAUUACCCUUAA